AUGCGCGCCACUCUCCUCGCCGCCGCAUUGGCCGGCGCCGUCACCGCCUUUGAAUACAACCUCCUCAUGGGCUCCAUCAUCGAAGAGCACCACGCAGCGCAGGUCGCCGCCGGAACAGAAGCCCAGGACGAGGGCUGUGCAAACCUCCUCAUCCAGGCCAUGGAAAUCAUCCCGACACCUGCUCCCGACUUUAUCGACGCCCUCUCCGCUGGACAAAUCGAUGGCCAAUGCCCCAUGACGGCACCUGUCCGUCUCAAGAGCGAGAUUGAUAGCUUCUCCAAGGACAUCAACUCAUGGGCAUCCAACAUUAUGAGCACGCUGCACAAGAGCAAGGAAUGUGGAUUUACACAGUCCGAAGUGCCCACGCCGACAACAGACUGCCCUGUUCAAUAUAUCGAGGAGACGGCUGUACCAGAGGCAGAAGACGCCGAGGAUGCCGCAACGGACGACAAAACAGACGAAGCGGCGGGCGAGGAGACUCAGGAGAGGGUUGAGGGAAAGACCGAGGAGAAGGUUGAAAAGGAUGAAUUGUAA